UCGUUAACCAGUGGGAAGUGACUUAGCAGCCAGUGAGGUGGUGUAGCGGCCACCAAGGCCAAACCCGCCCCUACCCCCGGCCAACCACGGACCUCACACAUACCCACCCACCCACCGACUCCUCCCACCUUCCACGCAGCAGUGUCUAUUCAACAUUACUAGUAGGUUUAGGCCAAUAUGUCGUCAUCUAGUGAUCGAGCCAUCUUAAACUCAAUCUUCAACCCCCUGUUGCCUGUGGGAGAAUGUGUCUACGAGGAAGAUAUUCCUAAUGAAUUGCGAGAUUCUGAUGAAAUAACACCUGAAACUGAGGAAGCCAAAGCUCAAGAAAUUGAGGGUGUAAAGGCAGCAGAGGCUGGAAAUGUAGAGGCUGCUAUCGCAUACUUCACCAGAGCAAUUGAGAUAGCCCCUGCCAGAGCCUCAGGUUACAACAACAGAGCUCAAGCACGCAGACUUCAAGGGAAGAUUGAAGAUGCAAUGACAGACCUUAACACAGCUGUAGAGCUCUCCAGAGGCAAGGGUCGAGCUGCAUGUCAAGCUUACACCCAGAGAGCCAUGAUCCACCGUCUCCAUGGUAAUGAUGAUUUGGCUCGUGAGGAUUUCCAGGCUGCUGGAACUUUAGGUUCAGAAUUUGCUAAGGCACAGCUUGUUCAAAUGAAUCCUUAUGCUGCUCUGUGCAACAAAAUGCUCCAUGACGUCUUUAAUAAACUUCAGCGUGGUGAAUGUGGAGGUGUUUAAGACAACAAAUUAAUAGGAAGCUUGAUGGAUUGAAAAUGUACCAUUGUUUUGUAAUAAUUGCAUUUCGAAUAAGCAUCACUAUUAAUGUGAUCUUUAAGGAGGACUGUGCAAUACUGUAUAGUGGUCAUUGUGUAUUUGUGUAAGUACUGUACGGUACUACAAUAAAACUUUAAAUGUUGUAUUCAAUAAAUAAUUGAAAGUAAUCUUGUAAAGUGUAGAGUGUAAAUAGAUUAUUUUUAUGUUUUGAAAUUAUGUUUGUUAUGUAUAAAAUGUGUCUUGAUGUUCUUACCUUUGAGCUCAACUGUGAUUAGCCCCGUCACGCAUAAUAUCAAGUUUAAUGAUAUUUACUCAAUAAGCAAGAUUAAAACUGCUAUUUUGUUA